GCUCUUCCCUCGGUGCCGUCGGUAGGAGCAGCAGCAGCAGCUGGACCAGCAGCACCAGCACCAGCAGCAGCAGCAGUCGUCUCCUUCCCCGGCCCGCAAUCACUCCCACAGAUGGCUGCGAAAGUGUGCAGGUCGGUGCUGCUGCUGUCCCGGAGCAGCAGCGGCUGCCUGCCCGCUCUGGUCGGGUCCUCGCAGCGCCAGCGCCCGCACGGCAGGCCGGAAGUACUGCCCGCUCCUUUCGCCCGCCAGGCCGUCAGGAGAGCACACGGCCUGCGGUCAGCAGGCCACUCCACACUCUUCACCCAGCCUAUCACUGCCCUGUCUCCACAGGUUUGGACGGGCGCCCCCUCAUGGCACGGCCAGAGACUGUUGUGUUCCUCCGCUGCUCCAGAAGAGGUGACGGUGGUGUAUCAGAACGGGCUGCCCGUCAUCUCAGUGAGUUUGCCGUCCAGGCGAGAGCGCUGCCAGUUCACCCUCAAGCCUCUCAGUGACUGUGUGGGAGUUUUCCUGCAACAGCUCCAGGCGGAGGACCGAGGCAUCGACCGAGUGGCCAUCUACUCCAUGGAUGGAGCACGGGUCGCCUCCUCCACAGGCAUAGACAUCCUGCUGCUGGACGACUUCAAACUCGUCAUCAACGACACCACGCACCUCGUGCGGCCACCUAGACGAGAGAUGCUUCCCCACGAGGAAGCCGAAAGGUUGAAUGACGUCAAAUUCUUAGUGCAGCAGCUCUACACCACGCUGCGCAUUGAGGAGCACCAACUCGGCAAAGAGCGUGAACUGAUCGAACGACUGGAAGAUCUCAACUCCCAGCUCCGCCCCCUAGAGAAGGUGAAGGAGGAGCUCGGUAAGAAGGCGGAGCGGCGCACCACAUGGGUGAUGUGGGGAGGCAUGGCGUACAUGGCCACCCAGUUUGGCAUCCUGGCCCGGCUCACCUGGUGGGAAUAUUCCUGGGACAUCAUGGAGCCGGUCACCUACUUCAUCACCUACGGCACUGCAAUGGCCAUGUAUGCCUACUAUGUUCUCACACGCCAGGAAUACGUUUACCCCGACGCUAGAGACAGACAAUAUCUGCUGUUCCUCCACAAGGGGGUGAAAAGGACACGCUUCGACAUUGAGAAGUACAACAAGCUGAAGGAUGAUAUUGCUGAGGUGGAGUUGGAUCUGAAACGUCUACGGGACCCGCUCCAGCUCCAGCUCCCAGUUCAGCAGCUCGCCACCACGAAAGAUUGAUGGGAAGAGUUACUCUCUCCUCUCUGAGCUCCUACAAACCCCUUCCCCUCUUUUCCUUCUGCCGUCCAGUCCCCCUCUCCCUCUCCUCUCCCCCAGCUAUUUUCCUCCAUACCCAAUAAUCCUAACUCUUUCUUGACUAUAGGAGUUAGUUUUUUCUUUUUUCCUUUUCCUUUUUUUUCCCUCCUUUUUUCCUUUUUUAUUUUCCUGGCUGAAAUCUCCAGAUGGAAUUAAAAGUGAACACUGCUGAAAGAUGAAAAAAGGAAUGUGAGAACACCCAGAACUGAAAACUUCUCACAGCUUAAGGAUGAAGAGGAUGCUAAAAAGGUAGACGACGACGACGGCGAUGAUGAUGAUGAUGACAGAAGCGGGCACUAUGGACAUGCCCCGAAACUCCGGAGGGACAGCCUGCAGGAGAAAUGUGAAAUAUCACGCCUUUAGGCGGUCCAAGACGGGGAACGCGCAGAGGAACUGCCUUUGUUAAAAGUGUGUGUGUGUGUGUUUGAGUGUAUGUGCGUGUGUGAGGGACCUUCAGCCUACACAGGGACACCGAAACCCACUUCCUCUGUAAGUCAAACUCUCAACACACACAUACAUGCACACACACUCGACUCUGGCCUCGUGCAGGCUCAAGGGACAAGUUUACAAGGAUGUUCUGACUGCAGUCGCACCAUCGCAGCUGAAUUCUGCUGCCCCUCCCACUCUGAGCCACGCCUCCUCCGGGUGACGGACAGCUGUCCUUCCCUGCGCGACCUUCACCAGGAGUAUAUCUUCACUUGCAGGAUGCAGGAAUGACGAGGCCUCACUUCCUCUUCCUGUCGAUUUCCUGUAGCGGCCUCCGCAAGUUUGAGAGUACUACCGACAACAACAUCACUGUGCGUUCUUUUAUUCCAAAAAAAUAUUUUGGCACUUUUUAUUUUGAAAGCCAUAGUAUAUUUGUUAUGAAAAAGUAUAAAUAUAUAUGUAUACAAUCAAAUAAACAGAUGACCAGAGGCUAGUUUUUUCCAGUGGGGGGAGGAGCUCUUGUCCAUCAUUUCAUGAGACACUCAUUUGCAUCUUCUCAAGAUCUCCCGCCAUGAAGGACCUCUCUAACAACGAGGUUACGCCGUUCCAAUACCUUCUGCUACCCGUCCCAUGGGUUUUCUUGACACGUGCACAAGUUAAAUGUUUAUGAUUUAGGAGAAGGCUGCUGUGCAUGGUCACCAAGAGGCGUGGAGGUGAUGCUGGGCCACAUCAGGGUGGAAAAAAAGGGGUUUAAUCAGAGGUUUUUCAGUAUCACAAAAUAUCCAUUGUGGUUAAUGCUUGACCAAAGUUUGCUUCCAUUGAAAUAGUUUAACACGAUGACAGGGUUUGAAAUGUUCACUUCCUUCAGCCUCAGACGAAUGCAACAGGCACAUUAAAUGUAGGAGUUGAAGUGAAGUUUUCUCCCCUUUCUCACUGAUGAAAACAGGUGAAAUAAGAUUAAGGUGUCCUCUCAUCCUGAAGUAAAGCUUGAGCGUUCUCCUCCCACUGCUGCUCUUAUCCCCCUCCCUGCUCCCUUUAUUGCAAGGCAGGGUAGACUGCAUGCUGUGGUAUGCCCUCAGUAGAAAUUUGUGAAUGUGUAGGAGCAUUAUUGCAAUUUUGUACUUAAAUUGGACACUUUGCUUUACCACGUCUUGCUGAAGUCUCAUCCAACAUCAAGUUGAAGUUUCAUCCUUUUUUUACGAUUAUCAAAGAAAUCAAACAUUGUGGAAGCCAUAUCUUUAUGUUGUCCAUUCUUUUGUCUUCUUUUUUUGGGGAUGCUCACCAAAUAAACCUUUUGUCAGCCUCGCAUCGUUUCCUUCUUUGGCUCUGAACUGCUGUAGAUCACCUCCGCAGAGAGGAGGGGCGGCCACUCCAUCGUUUGUGUCAACAGUUGGCUGAAUCCUGCUCAGAAAAUCCUCAUGUUUAGCUGCAGAUUUAAUGUUAAAAUGCAUGAUUUUUAUGUCAAAUCAGAAGUUUGCCAUGCCGAUCUCAGAGCAGGAUCACGUCCAACCCGCUGUGUUGACACGUGUACAUUAUCCCCCAUAGAAAUGGUGCCUUUUGGAUAAUUAUGAUUUCAAGUGUCCAGACAGAGUUGCAAUUUGAUAAGCCGCAACGAGAAGACAUUGAAGUGACGGGAGAAAAGAUGAUCCUACUUGGAAUGAGUCCAUCGUGUAAAGCGGGGCUCUUUUUGAAUGAUUGGAAGUGGAAAUCAAUUUUUCUGAGUGUCAACGUAAAUGUUUGAGUCAAAAUACGAGUUUGCUGGGAGCAAAGAGCAGCUCAGUGUAUCCAUGAACCUUUCCUCCUAAUUGCGUCUUGUCAAUACGAGUAAAAAUCAGUCUGCAUCCCGUCUCUUAGAUUCAUUUCUCCUGCAUAGGCAUCCUUAAACACACAUGGUGCAACAUGCACAAAGAGCAAACAGCGCUUUCUUGGAGAUGCAGUUCAGAGGGCGGCUGUUUGCAAUCUGUUCCUCCUCUCUGCUGUCCACAUUUCUCUCCUUCAUCAACCCCUUCUGUUUUUAUCAAAACCAUUUAUUGCCUUCUUUCUUUUUCUUUUUUCUUGUUUAUUUUGUGAAAACAAAAUAUAUCAAAUAUAGGGAAACUUUAUUCUAAAGAGGGUGUUGCAUGAAUGUAUGUUUACAUGGGAAAUUAUGUAAAAAAAAAUUAAAAAAUGACGAUUUAUUAAAGUAACUGCAAAGCUAAUUUAAGAACGUUGUUUGUAGAGAUUCCUAGUUAUCAAGGGCAGUGGAGGGAAUCGGCCCUGCCAAAUGUGAUUGAAAUCCAAAGCCAACAAACUGCUCAAACCCCAACCGAGUCCCAUCGUCACACUCUUUAUCACCAUAACACUCCCUGACUCUGCGUCCAUACUUACCAAAAGAUUGGGAGGGGGGAGGGGCAAACAGAAUCACCCUCCAUCACUGAUCACCCUUUAAAGGGAGGCUGGACGUCAGCCGCACAUUUCCUGCUUACCGGGGUCAAACCUCCAGUUCUUGUCCCUUUCCUGCCCUUUUCCUGCGCCUUCAGAAUUUUUUUUUUUCUCUCCAAAGUUCCAUUAUUAUUCUAUGUUUUAAAUGUGUGUUAAGUUUUGGACAUUUUUUUUGUUUUUCGUGUUACACUAAGACAUGUUUAAAAUGCCUCAAGAGUGAAGCGGAGCAUAGGAUUGAAUCGAUCCCGUACUUCAUUCUGGCCUCUUAUUUUAUUAUGCUUUUAUUUUUUAUUUUUUUCCUUCUCAGUUGACAUAUGAUGCUGUAAUGUUGGCAAAAAAUAAAAUGUAAAAUCCUGUAUCAUUUAUGAAAUAUGUAUAAAAGAGAAAUGUAAUUCAAUUACCAAUAAAAUCGUUAUCCAGUUUUUGGAGCCAGUG